UUUUUAUCUUUUGAUUUACUUUCAAUAAAUUAUUAUUUCAUGUUACAAAGUGAGUAGCGGCACUCCCAUGCGGACGGAGAGUGUCCUGCUGGUUGUAUACAUAAAGCAAGAUGAAUGAUGCUUCAACACAAAACAAAACAAUGGAGAUUAAGCUCGAGAAAUUAAACACAAUACUCAUAAAACCCUCAAAACCUACACCAUCACAUCUUCAAACUUUCAAAGUCUCAUUACUAGAUCAAGUUUGUCCUAAUAAUCAUAUCAACGGCACUUUCUUCUACCCAAAUAACAAUAACAAUAACAAUAAUCAUAACCACCAUUUUUCUGAUUUUUCCAAUAAAUCAAAAAUUCUUCAAAACUCACUUUCUCAAACAUUAUCCCAUUUUUACCCUUUCGCUGGCCAUCUACAUGACGACACCACCAUUCACUGUAACGACAACGGCGUUUUCUUCAUCGAAUCACAAACAACCACCACUCUCUCCGAAAUUCUCACCAAUCCUAAUUUCAAAACACUAGAAUGCUUCCCCCCAACCACUGAGGAGAAACAAAAUAUGCUGUUACUACUCCGAUUCACCUUGUUCAGUUGCGGUUCCACCGCAAUUACCAUCUCCAUCACACACAGGAUCGCUGACACCAACACAGUAAUCAGUUUUCUCAACACUUGGACAGCAAUCACCAGCGGAAAUGAAAUUGUUCCACUCCCUGAUUUAACCGUCGCCGCUGCUCUUUUUCCUCCGAGAGAAAUUCCCGGCAUGUCUUCUGGUUCCGUUAAAACUUCCGAUGCAAAAUUCACUACUAGAAGAUUCAUUUUCAAAGCAUCCAAAAUAGAAGAACUAAAGAUAAAAAUCAAAAACAAAUUUGAAUUUCAUCCUUCUAGGGUAGAGGUUGUUCUAGCUCUGAUUUGGAAAUGUGCUCUUUCGGCGGCAUCAACAGCAGUUUCUGGUUCCAAAACGACGUCGUUUAAGCCUUCGAUUUUGUUCCAAGCAAUGAACCUCCGUACACGGAUGUACAUACCAGAGAAUGUAGUUGGGACCUUGGCUUGGCCGUUUUGGGUGACGGUUGAAGAAGAAAGCCACGUGGCAUUAGAUGAGAUGGUGAAAAGAAUGAGGAAGGGUGUAAUGGACUUUAUAGAGAAUAAAGUAGAGAGGUUUAAAGAAGAAGGUGGGUUUAAGGUUGUGGUGGAGAAUUUGAAAGAGAGGGUUGAGAUUUUGAAAAGGAACAAUGAGAAUGAGGGUAGUUUGGUAAUUUACAACAGUUCGAGUUGGUGUAAAUUUCCAGUGCUUGAGUUUGAUUUUGGGUGGGGGAAACCUGUGUGGUGUUGUAGUGUGCAUAUUAAUUUGGGGAGCAAUUUUAUUUAUUUGAUGGAUACAAAAAAUGGUGGUGGAAUUGAAGCUUUCGUUACUCUUGUUGAAGAUGAGAUGAAAUUGUUUCAACAAAAUCAGGAGCUGCUUCACUAUGCUGUGCUUAAUCCUACAACAACUCUUAUUUCAACUUCAAAGCUAUAAUAUUUAUAAGUAUAUCCACUUAAAAACUUGAAGGCUCAAAUUAGUAAUGCGCAUCUUUUUUGAUUUGACAAAAGUAAUCUCUCUUUACUAUUUUAAAUAGUUUAAAAUGUUGGAUAGUUAAGUAAUUUUUUCAUUGUGUCCAACUGAAUUUUCUAAAUUGCCGUUUGUCUUUGUUACUUAUUUGUUUCAAGUCAUGCCUAAUUUUUCCUUCAGAAAUAUCAAAUGAUGUGUGUUUGAUGUGAAUUGUUAUGUUCGGUGGCUCCUUUUUAGUGGAACUUAGUGGCUUUAAUUCAUCUACUUCAUGGUUAACAUUCCUGGCUCCGCCACUGAUUAUAGUAUAUACCAAGUUAACUUUGAGAUUUUAUUUCUACGCAAAUUAGUAAUUAGAAUUUUCCAUUUGUUUUAUUGAUAA